UGUUAGUGCGGAGACUGUUUGGCUCGCAGCUUAGUGAGUGUCGCGCGUCCGCCGGUGUUGGUGUGAGACAGAGUUGCUCUUAUCCCGGACUUUAAGUAGCGAAAUAGACAUUCCUGUGGCGGGAAAUCAGGAUCUCACAUCCAUGCUGCUGUCUGUUCGGGUAAAUGAGCUCGAGGAAUGCGGACUGAACGAGCGUCUCGCUGAUCGUAGAGCUGAUCCUUGACAACAUGGCGGCGGAGUUUAAUAAUCUGACAUCGCUCAUGAAUAAUGUGAGCGAACUUUCGAACCACACGGCUAGAUGCUCGUUAACCAAGACUGGUUUUCAGUUUUACUAUCUACCCAUUGUGUACAUUAUUGUUUUCCUCACGGGGUUCAUCGGAAACAGUUUGGCCAUAUGGAUGUUCGUGUGUCACAUGAGGCCAUGGAGCAGCAUCUCUGUGUACAUGUUCAAUCUGGCGCUGGCGGAUUUUUGUUACGUACUCUCGCUACCUUUCCUAAUUUUUUACUAUUUUAACAAAACAGACUGGAUUUUUGGAGACAUAUUAUGCAGAAUGCAGAGGUUUAUCUUCCAUGUCAAUCUCUACGGAAGCAUCCUGUUCCUCACUUGCAUCAGUGUGCACAGAUACUCCGGUGUCGUGCAUCCACUAAAAUCACUCGGGCGGCUGAAAAAGAAAAACGCAGUUCGCACUGUCGCACUUGUCUGGUUCAUAGUCGUGGUUGGCAUCUCUCCGAUCCUUUACUACUCGCGAACCGGCCCUAAGAAGGGAUUAACAACGUGCUAUGACACCACAACGGAGGACGAACUGCCGGGUUACUUUGUCUACAGCAUGUGCAUGACAGUGUUCGGCUUCUGCAUCCCGUUCAUCAUCAUCCUGAGCUGCUACGGCGGCAUUGUCAAGGCCCUUAUUUACAACGACAUGGACAAUGCGCCGUUGAGGAAGAAAUCCAUAUACCUGGUCAUUAUCGUGCUCACAGUGUUCGCUGUCUCCUAUCUGCCCUUCCACGUCAUGAAGAACCUGAACAUGAGGGCACGAUUGUACUUCCAGAGCCCGGAUAUGUGUGCCUUUAAUGAUCGGGUGUACGCCACCUACCAGGUGACCCGUGGCCUGGCCAGUCUCAAUAGCUGUGUGGAUCCUGUCCUGUAUUUUCUGGCCGGAGACACAUUCAGACGUAGGCUAUCCAGAGCUACCAAAAAGUCCUCCAGGAAAGGAGAUCACCCUCUCCAGUCCAAGAGUGAGGAGAUGACGCUGAACAGCCUGCCAGAGUAUGUCCAGAAUGGGGACAAACGUAUCUGAAUUUUAUGCUCCCUCAGACUGAUGCUUUAUAGAUUUAGAGUAUUUGAAAUCAUUGUACUGUACACUGGUCAGUGUUACUCUUGUUGCUUUUAACAUUUUCAUUUAAUGUGAUUUUACUGAAUGAACUGAAUGAACAAUCACUAACCUACCUUUUCAUGUUUUAACAGUCGAAAUAUAACAAGCACUGGUGUUUUAGUUGAGGAUGCUUGAACAACGUCUCUUUGAUCUGUUAUGUUCUCAGUGAAUAGUUAAGAUGCACUAUAGAUAUUUUCACACAAUUAAUUGUCUACCUGUAUGUUUAAAGCAUUUGAGACGUGUUUGUGAAUUGAUAUGUAUUCUGCUGUUACUGUAAAGAUGUGUGACUCAGUGCUGCAUAGAUCAAAAGAAUAUCAGCCCAUGAAUUAUGAAGGGACUCUUGUAAUCAUGUUUUAAAUAGUCGAUAAUUACUGUAUGUUUGUAAUGUAUUUCUCUUAAUCUGUAGUAUUUAAUGCUAAAACAAAUACAAAGACCUAAAUGAAAAGUAUGUAAAUGGCUCUUUAUUAUCAGGUCUACCAAAAAAUGGUGGGUCAUGGUACAAUAGUAUUGUAUUUAUGUAUUAUUUCUCACUUUUUGAAUAAUUGUCUUUUGUGAAAUGUGUAGCUUAACGAUUUAAACAUUAUACUGUCAAAUGCAGUCAUACACACACACACACAUUUGAAAGUCUCUUCUGCUCAACAAGACUGCAUUUAUUUGAUCAAAUAUAUAGUAAAAAUGUGAAAUAUGUUUUUAAUUUAAAGUAACUAUUUUCUGAGUGAAUAUAUUGUAGAAUGUAAUUUAUUCCUCUGAUGCAAAACUGAAUUUACAGUCAUUACUCCAGUCUUCAGUGUCAGAGAUUUCUUAAAAAAAAGUUUAAAAACUGUCUGUUUCAAACAUAAAAUCACAGUAUCAGUCAAGUAAUUGAAGUUGUUUAUUGUAUGUUGCAUGUGGUUUAAUGCACUGAUUUGAUUAAUUAAAUUAAUUGAAUUAAUUUAAAUGACUAUCCUUCGAUAUAAUUCCAUAGGGACUCCAGAGAGGUUCCUCUUUUUUUUUUUUUUUUUUGACUCCAUUACUCUGGCUUUUGUUCUAUCUACUGUCCUGUCUUUCUGUAGUUUCUUCACACCCAUCUAGGUCAAGCCAAUAGAUAUCACACAGUGGCGCCGGAGUCACAUUGCACACAGUUCCCUGUUCUUUUCCCCAAGCGCAAUGACUCUUUGUCCCUCUCACAGGAAAGAACAAGAUGGGAAGGGGAAUGAGGGAGGAAUAAAUAAGGCUGCAUUUUCUUUUCCUCCCAGAUUUCUCCUAGCCACUCUUUGUGAGGUGAACAAAAGCAGAAUGGUUACUGAUGUCGGACAGACUUGGCAAACAGCCCGGGAACUUACAUCGCAGGCUGUGUUUCGGAGAUUUUCUGAAACAAAAAUCUAAAACUGGACUCUGAUUGGAUGAUGGGCCGUGUUCAAAUCUAUAUGAAUGUAAGCUGCUGUUCUGCUUGGCUGCCACAAAACGAGGGGGUUUCCAUGACUUUUGAACAGUUCUCCAUUCUGUGUGGUCAAGGAUCUUAACUGAACAAGCCAAAAGCCUUUUUGGUUUGGUUUCAACUGGA